AUGGAAACGAAAUAUCGAGAAAGCAGUUCAAUGAGGGUGACUCCAAGCGUCUUCGUAUUUGUUCUUUCUACCUUCACCAAGUGCACCUUUGGAGAGAAUAUUCUACUCAAUUCCGUCCUUCACCUAAGGACUGUCAUGGAAUUAGAGAAGAUGGUGGCGACGGUGGUGGAAAAAAAUCAAGAGCUCGCUGGCGACAUCGCACGGAUCAAGCAUGACAUGAAUGUCCUGAGGCUUCGCAACAAAAACUUAAAGCUGGACUACGAAAACCUUGAGCAUGACAUAAAAAAUAUCAAGUCUCAAUUCCAGGAGUAUCUGAAUAGAAGCGACAAAACGAAGCUUGAGAAUGUGAGAGAAAGACUGGAAUACCUAGAGGCCAUUACCAAACAAAUCACACCCCGAACAUGUGAAGCUCUGGCAAACCUUGGGAUCACGAAGACGGGAACGUACCUUGUGGACCCAGACGGGUCACUCUUUGGUGAUCCACCCAUUCAAGUCCUCUGUGACAUGGGGACAGGUCAAUCCAAAAUCCACUAUUGUUCUGCACGAUUCUAUGGAAAAGACUUAGAUAACCAUUGCACUGAGCCUGGCUGCUACAGCCGAAAGGUCGCGUACAAUGCCUCCAUGGAACAGAUAACGGCAUUGAUCAAUCAAUCGGCGACAUGCCUCCAGCAAAUAAGUGUUGAGGAAUUAGUCCACGAGUCGCCCUCUCGACAACAAUACGACUGCAUUUCUGCAGCCUUGAAUUUCGGAGAUACGCCAUAUGCGUGGUGGCUCGACCGGAAUGGUCAACCUCAGUACUACUGGGAUGGAGCGAACGCCGGAAAACACUUAUGUCAUUGUGGCCUUUCCGGAUACUGCAUCAAUCGCAAACUCCCUUGCAACUGUGAUGCGGUUGCACCCGAAUCAGAAAAUAACUCAGGAACCAUCACUAAUUCAACGGCCCUCCCAAUCACUGAACUCCGAUUUGGGGGGCUAUAUUUUCAAGGUCAAAAAGCGGAUUACAAACUCGGUGGAUUGGUUUGCAGAGGACAUGCUCCUUCCCUGGAAAACCAAGGAAAAUCAUGUUUGUCUCUGCGUCUGGCUGGAAACACUCGUAUGAGUUUUCUGAUCAACAGGAUAGAAGGGAGAAUAGAUGUCGUCCCUUGUCGGAUGGAGUUGGAAGUGACUGAUACGGAUUUUCAAGUGGGAACUGGUGUUCAUAUUGCAGAGCAUGGCAUUUAUUUCGAUGCGUAUAGAACAACUCCCAUCAGCACUACUGGCUUUAUAUGUUUCGACGGGACGGAGGUAAACUUUGGUAACGCGAUGGAACCGAACAGCGGAAUUUUCACAGCACCUCUCGACGGAAUCUAUGAGUUCCAUUUUCACUACUCAAGUCAAUCCAUGACUAUCGGGGUGGAGUUGAGAAGAAACGGAAGAACCCAAGGAAUAUUAUACACUAGUGGAGAAGACACCAAGAUGCCAGGGCAAUCCAUUUUACUGGACCUGAAGAAGGGCGACAAAGUCUAUGCCUACUUGGAAGAGGGGAAUUUGGCUAAAAGCGAAGGUCGUCAUGCCCAUUUUCUUGGGUAUCUCUUGUACCCUGUGUGAAACGAAAAUUCCAUCAUGAUUAUUCAUCAAUCUCUGUUGCGGUCUGCCGUCAAAUUAAUUUAAUACAAUUAUUGUUACCUUGGGACGUAACAGAGAAUGAUCAUGACGCAGAAUGAAUAUAUUCGAUACUUAUAUGGCGAUUAUAACGAAAAAUCACCGAAUGGGAAAAUUAAGCAUGACCGGGAUCUUUGGCCGAUUCAAGACGGUUUUGGAUAUUAAAGAAAUUCACUCCUGGAAAUUUUUCCAUUCAGAUGCUGAUGUUUUGCCCUAACAUUAGACGGAAAUAUUGGGGUUCACAAGUCACUGAAUCUAUCCAAGUCAAGACACUCCCUAAAGACACUUUUGGCACUGACUUUUGCCGGUAAUAGAGUCUUUGUUGAUUACUGG